AAUGUGCUGCAAAAGCUUCAUUUUUUUUUUAUUUAGAGAGAAAAUACAGAGGACAGAUCAACAGUACAGUUAAAAAUAACCACAAUUCAUUAGAAAUUAUUUGUAAAUAAUUACAAAUCUUCCUUUUUAAUUUGACAGUUCACCUCAUCAAUAACAAUUCUCCAAAACAUUAUAAACAGUCAUUUUUCCUCAUAAUUAAUUAAAUCACACUGACAACAUGCACAACAUGUUUGCAUCUUUAAUCUGAAAUUAACAGUCAAAAAGAUCGAGCAAAAAUUCUGAAUACACGCAUAUGCUGGUUUUUGUGCCCCCUCCCCUCAUUUAAAUCAAUAUAUUCAUUAAACACAAGGUCCCCCUAUAGGUCACACACCGACUGUAAUCCGUUUUCACGGUGAAUAUGCGGCCCCACGUAGGAGAGCCUGUGUGCGUAAAAAGGCGAGAGGUGCCACUCCAGGCUCGCAUGAAUGAAUGGGACACAGGGCUGGAGCUACGGUUCAAGUGUGUGUGUGUGUGUGUGUGUGUGUGUGUGUGUGUGUGUGUGUGUGUGCCCGCGCGUGUGUGUGUGUGAAAGAGAGAGAGAGACAGAGACAGGGAGUGAGCGAGAGGGAGCUGGACUGCUUCGUUUACAUGCAAGCACCGUGGCAGUAAAUUACGCAUGACAAUAAUUCACCCAGGACCGGAUCCACUUUCGACCCGAGAAAAACGGGAGGCAAAGCAGCUUCACCCCGAUCUGUUUUACCCACCUCUGCCCUCCUUCUUUUUGGAUAAGAAGAAGGAAAAAAUGAUUUCAUGAUGGAAAUUAUUUAAAACACUUAAGAGAAUAAGGUAAACUUACCAAAAUUUCAAUUUGGCAUUUGAGUCCCUCUGGUCCAUGCAGACAAGUUGGAGAGAAAGGCUAUUAAGGUAUUUCUAAUAAAAAUAAUACAGUAAUAAUAAUACAAGUGGUAUUCCUCAGAAAACAGAGUAAAAACUGUCUAUAUAUAAAAUUCCUAUCAGAAGUUAAGACUCUUUUAAUGGGUGAUUUCUCUUUGCCUGCAUCUGAUUGUUUUUUUAGGAUGGGGGGGUGGAAGAAGGGUAUUUGGGGGGGGCAUCAACCAGUUCAGCCCCUUGAUUGAUGAUUUAAUUAGCCAUACAGUGGCGAACUGCAGGAGGACAGGACACAAAAUAAUACUUUAUUUACAUAACCAAUCACGGCGCUGCAAAGGUGGAGCUUCCUCUCUCCCUCUCUCUCUCCCCCCCCCCUCUCUUUCUCUCUCUCUCUCUCUCUCUCUCUCUGUUGCAACUCAGACAUGGCUGCGAUGGUUGACUUCUUUAAUAAAUGCGGUUUCAUCCUAUUAAGUGGCGUCCAGAACGAAAAAUCACUCUUAUAAUGUCGGACUACUCCUAUGAUAUUCUUCUAAUAUUCCUGCAUGGACUCGCAGUGUGUCUGCGGCUCUCUGCGGUGACUUUACAGUCACUUUAUUGUACUUUAUGGUAUUUUUCAGCUCCUUUAGUAUCAUCAGAAUAUUCCUACAGAGGCUGCAGUCAUCUCUGUCACUGCUCUGUUACAGUUUGUACAGUCAUAGUUGUAUAAUAUCACAGAUUUAUUUUGGACCCACUUUGGUUCAUUUUCGUUAGGGGGAGCAAUUGGAAAAUGCAAAUAAGCAGAGGCAAAAAUGAGAAAUGAUUAUUUCCUCCCUCCAGAGUGUGACCGUAUGUGGAGUUUACAUGUAUUCACAUAAUACACACAGACAGUGAUGUACCUGCAGUCUCACUGAUGCUGCAGGUACAUCACAGGUAAUAAAACAAUUGUUUUAUAAAAACAUCCACCUUUAGUGGUUAACCCGCUGUUUUUAACCUUUUCAAUCUCAUUUUUCACAAAAAAUCAAAACACAAAUUCUGCUAAAGACGCUGAGAAACUCCACUUGUUUCCAAAACGUUUUCAGUUUUCUUCAAUAAUUUUCUAAAAAACAAGUUAAAUCAUAAUAACGCGAGAAAAUAAACCCUGACUCUGAGUAAAUUAUGCUCAAUAUAAGAAAACAUUUAUUUGUAAUGAAAACUAAUGCAACUGUCACCACACUUUUAGCAAAAAGAACAGUGUUUUCCACUAAAUGACAAGGUCCUGGCGGACAUUUUUUGCAGCGUAGAUAAAAGCCGAACAUCCCCAAACCUUUUGCAGUCGCAGCCAAUUACAAUAAUGAAGAAUAUGUGGAAUUGCCUCCCCACCCCAACUCCUGCAUCCUGCCGUAUCAACCCUGCCAUUUCUGCAAAUUAAACGGAGUGGAAAUAGAAAUAAAAAAAAUAAUCCUUACAUGAUUGCGGCCGGCGUGGACGCGCUCCAAGUUUCUCCCCCCUUCUACACACACACACAUACACACACAUUCACACGAAGAAAGAAAAAACACACUGUCGCCUGUUCUUUGCUCCGCGUCGAAGCCCGACAUAGUUGGUUUCACUCAAAAAGAGAAGAGAUGGAGAAAGAGAGAGGAGAGUGAGGGAAAGAAAAGAGGAGGAAGAGGGGGAGAAAGGAGAGAGGGAGGAAAAAAACUUCACGUUCAACCCAGAAGAUGCUCACGUUUGGCUCUCCUCAAUUAUCCCCUCCCGUGAAGAUAGGUGGCGUGCGUUUCAGGGGGCUUCUCCUCUGUGUUACACGGCAAAGAAAAGGAGGUGGAAAGAAAAAAAAUGUCAUUAGAAGAGGCGUAACACGUCAGUCCCUACCCAGGUUUGUUUCCUGGAGUGGGUGUAAGACAUCAGUUGUAAACCUGCCCUAGCAGGAAUAGCGGUCCCUCCCUCCUCCCAACUAUUUCUAAGGCUUUAUUUCUAAGGCUUUAUUAUCACCGGUGGAAAAGGAUCCGCUCACCGACGCGCUCCGGUAUCAUCCCUCCUCGCAACUCCUAUCCACAAGACACCUCUUUACACCCCUAAAAAACAGAUAUCAAGCUGAAAUCAAGGAAUCGAGUCCAUGCGAGCUGCCAUCUGAUCCCACACACACUUAUCAAUGAAGCAAGAGAUCAUGGCGGAUGGCCCCAGGUGUAAGAGGCGAAAACAAGCCAACCCGAGACGGAAAAACGCAGCUCUCAACUAUGAGAAUGUGGUUGAGACAGGCUCAGAGACCGAGGAAGAGGACAAGCUGCCAGUGUCUGAGGAAGAUCCCCUGAUCAACGGCACGGGCAGCCCGGCCAGCCUCACCAACCCAGAGGCCUCGCCUCGCGCCGAGAGCCACGGCCUGCUGACCAAGGAGGAGGAGGACGACGAGAUGCGGGACAGCGGCGUGGAGCACAUCUGGCCUGACAAUGACAUGCUGAGUGCCUCAGUUGAUGGUACUGAUGAAAUAAAAGAUGAUUUUGACACCCUGGGGCCCGAUGCCACUUUGCAGGCAGUUGGAAACGGUACAGUCUCCUCCUUCACCGUCUCUCUUUCUCUCUCUGCCUCCCCUUCAGUCAAGAGCGUCAAUUGCACUUCAGAGUUUGAGGACUUCUUCGGCAAGCGGAAGCUGGACGACGGCGACAGCCACGUGGUGAGCAUCGCCGAGUACCUGCAGCGCGGCGACACGGCCAUCAUCUACCCAGAAGCCCCAGAGGAGCUGUCCCGCCUGGGCACGCCAGAGGCCACUGGACCAGAGGAGAAUGACCUGCCACCUGGAACGCCAGAUGCCUUCGCCCAACUGUUGACCUGCCCCUACUGCGACCGGGGCUACAAGCGUUUGACAUCGCUGAAGGAGCACAUCAAGUACCGUCAUGAGAAGAACGAGGAGAACUUCGCCUGCCCCCUGUGUAACUACACGUUUGCUUACCGCACUCAGCUUGAGCGACAUAUGGCCACACACAAGCCUGCGAGGGAUCAGCACCAACUGCUCAACCAAGCGGCCGGCAACCGCAAGUUCAAAUGCACCGAGUGUGGCAAGGCCUUCAAAUACAAGCACCAUCUGAAGGAACACCUCCGGAUUCAUAGCGGUGAAAAACCAUAUGAGUGUCCCAACUGCAAGAAGCGUUUCUCCCACUCGGGCUCCUACAGUUCCCACAUAAGCAGCAAGAAGUGCAUUGGUCUGAUAGCUGUCAAUGGCAGGAUGCGCAGCAGCAUGAAGACUGGCUCCUCCCCCACCUCAGCCUCCUCCUCGCCCACCAACACCGCCAUCACCCAGCUGCGGCAGAAGCUGGAGAACGGCAAGCCGCUCGGCCUCCCCGAACACAACAACCACCUUAACAUCAAGACUGAGCCGCUCGACUUCAACGACUACAAGCUCAUGAUGGCGUCUCAUGGAUUCGGUGCUCCUGGACCGUUCAUGAACGGGGGAAUGGGAGGGAACAGCCCACUGGGGGUCCACCACAACUCGACAGCCCAGAGCCCCUUGCAGCACCUUGGGAUUGCCGGGCUUGAGUCACAGCUCCUGGGCUACCCAGGACCGCUGGGGAACAACCUGAGUGAGGUGCAGAAGGUUCUUCAGAUCGUGGACAACACUGUGUGCAGGCAGAAAAUGGACUGCAAGCCAGAGGAGCUCUCCAAGCUCAAGGCCUACAUGAAGGAGCUGGGGUCCCAGGUUGAAGAGCAGAAACAGGCACUGACAUUGUCAGGAGGGCCUCAGGCUGGUCUCCCACUCGUUAAUCACAACGGAGCCACCAAAAGCAUCAUUGACUACACGUUAGAAAAAGUGAACGAAGCCAAAGCCUGCCUCCAGAGCUUGACAACAGACUCAAAGAGACAGAUUAGCAAUAUCAAACGAGAGAAAUCCAACCACAUGCUUGAAGGAGGUGUGGAUGAGAAGGUGCAGGAAAACAACAUGUUUACGCCUUAUGCUUGCCAAUAUUGCAAAGAAACCUUCCCCGGGCCAAUACCUUUGCAUCAGCAUGAACGCUACCUGUGUAAAAUGAACGAGGAGAUCAAAGCUGUGCUGCAGCCCAGUGAGAAUUUGAUGUCCAACAAACCAGGGAUAUUCAUGGAGAAGAACAGCCACUUAUCCUCCCCUAUGUUGUCUGAGAAGGGACUCACUGGGCCCCUUAACCCUUACAGGGACCACAUGUCUGUGCUGAAGGCGUAUUUCGCCAUGAACAUGGAGCCCAACUCGGAGGAGCUGCUCAAGAUUUCCAUAGCAGUCGGCCUUCCUCAGGAAUUUGUCAAGGAGUGGUUCGAGCAGCGAAAGAUGUACCAGUAUGGCACUACCAGAACCCCACCACUAGAGCACAGGAACAACGCGGAUAUGGUUGUCGGAACAAAUAACCACCACACUCCACCAAAAGACUCUAUGGCAGCUAGGUCACCUGUGUCACUAAUGAAACCUACUGACCGCAUCACAUCCCCCUCCAUAGCAGAGCUCCAUAACAACGUUAACAACUGUGACAACUCACUCAGACAUUUGAAAAACCACCAGUUCAGCGGCAGCGCCAAACCCGCAGGUGAAAAGUUGGACCACUCCCGCAGCAACACCCCCUCCCCUCUAAAUCUGUCCUCCACAUCUUCCAAAAACUCUCACAGCAGCUCCUACACUCCAAACAGCUUGACAUCAGAAGACCUGCAGGCUGAGCCGCUGGACCUCUCUCUGCCGAGACUCAUGAAGGAACCCAAGCACGCACUGACUGUCAAAAGCAGACCUAAAGUCAACAGCAUUACCAUUGACCACAACAGCAUCCCCUCUCCCCGAGAGCACUUCGAAGAGCCUUUGAACUUGGCCUAUCUCAAGAAGGAUUUCUCAGCCUCUACCAACAACGGAAACCUAGAAAAAAGCACUAGCCCCAUCUUCGGCAUUAACCCGUUUGCUGCCAAACCCCUGUACACGUCACUUCCACCUCAGAGCGCUUUUCCACCUGCCACAUUUAUGCCCCCGAUGCAGGCCAGCAUACCAGGUCUUAGGCCCUACCCGGGCAUGGAUCAAAUGGGCUUCCUACCACACAUGGCCUACACUUAUGCAGCAGGGGCAGCUACCUUUGCCGAGAUGCAGCAGAGGAGAAAGUACCAACGGAAACCAGGUUUCCAGGGGGACCUGCUCGAUGGUACACCAGAUUACAUGUCAGGGCUGGACGACAUGACAGACCCCGACUCCUGUCUGUCGCGGAAGAAGAUUAAGAAGACCGAAAGUGGUAUGUACGCGUGUGACUUGUGCGACAAAACAUUCCAGAAGAGCAGUUCCCUUCUAAGACACAAAUAUGAACACACAGGCAAGAGGCCGCACCAGUGCCAGAUCUGCAAGAAAGCCUUCAAACACAAACACCAUCUCAUCGAGCACUCCAGACUGCACUCUGGGGAGAAGCCUUACCAGUGCGACAAGUGCGGGAAGAGGUUCUCCCACUCGGGCUCCUACUCGCAGCACAUGAACCACCGCUACUCGUACUGCAAGCGGGAGGCCGAGGAGCGGGAGGCGGCCGAGAGGGAGGCCCGCGAGAAGGGCCACCUGGAGCCCACGGAGCUGCUGAUGAGCCGGGCGUACUUGCAGGGCAUGACUCCUCAGGGUUACCCGGAGCUGGCAGAGCGCGAGGCCAUCCUGAGGCACGAAACCGUGAACGGAGGGAUCAGAGAGGGACGGAAGGAAGUGGAUGGAACGUAUGCGAAGAUCGGACGGAGGGAGGACGAGUUUGAGGAGGAGGAGGAGGAAAGCAAGAGCAUGGACACAGACCCGGACACGUUGAGGGACGAGGAGGAGAAUGGAGAGCACUCGAUGGACGAUAGCUCGCUGGACGGUAAAACGGAAACCAAAUCGGAUCACGAGGACACGAUGGAAGAUGGCAUGUAAUUGGCAACGACGUUUCAAAAGCUUCCCAUCUUAAAAAGUUUUAAGUUUCUCUCUUUCAGUUCAGUAUUCUUACCUACUCGGUUUAAAACACCGUGUUUUAAGCUGUACGUGCACGUGCCUGAAGCUUCCGGGAAGCUUUCUUUGACAGACUCCUCGGGGGGGAAAGAUGUCUGCCGAACAAGACAUGGACUCAAAAAUCAAUCUGGAGGAGGCGUUUAGGGAAGGGAGGCAUGGGUUUGUGAAAUAAGCUGCAUUAUGCAAACCGAACAAUGAAUAAAUGAAUACAUUUCAAAAAAUGUACAGUACUAAGGCCUAAAAAUAUGUGUGGUGCUAACCUCCUCAAAUAAACCCCCUGUGUUCCAUAGUAUUUAUAGCACAACUAGUGACUUGUACAAAUUGCACUCCGCUUCUAUAAUCAUGAACAAAAAUAAUAAAAAGUAUUGCCUAUGUAUAUAUUUAUACAGUGUUGGAAAAAGAGCAGUAGUGUCUGCACUACAGUCCUUCGAUAUUACCUUUGUUAUCACCUACCUACCUACGGUGUCGUCUUUAGUUUUGCCCUGUUGCCCGGCCACAGACAUCUCCAGCCACACUGUUUUAGGCCUCUUGAAUCAACUUCAAAUGAAGGAAUUUAAACAAAAAGACUGUAUGAAGGAGCUUAGAGGUUUUUUAAGAGGAUGAAGUUUUAAAGAGACCUUCAUUUUAAGGGAAAAUACAGUUUAUGGACAGAUGGUAUGGGGGAAAAAAAAUGAAGGACGAAGCCUUUGUAAGGUGUUUUUGAUAAGAAAAAAGAAGCCUUAUAUGCAAACCUUUUAACCUGUGUGUUUUCUGCAAGUGCCACCCUCGUAUUGUGUAAAAGGAAGGUUACUUUUUUUCACCAGCUUCAGUAUUAUGAAAUGGUUCACCGUUGUUCUUUGAAGCACCCGUGUCAGUAUUAAGACUUAUAGGCAGCAGUUCCUUAGUUUACAUUAUGUUGUGCAAUGUUUUCUCAGUUUCUUUUCUUUUAACUUUGUCAGUAUUACACCAAACCAUUUUUUGAAAACAGCAAAUUGCAUUCAUUUUAUUUGUAGGUUGAAAAAAAAAACAUUAUUUAUGUGGCCCAUUUUAUAUUUCCUAAUUUUAUUUAUUUCAUACUGUUGUGUACAGUACUAUAGUUCUUCAAUAUAUAGAUAUAUUUUAGUAAAAAGGAACAUGGUGUCGAUCAUAGGGGCAAAUUUUACGUAAAGAGAGCAUUUAUUGUGUUUUGAAACAUUGUGAAAUGCGAAGUUUAAUCUUAUUUUAUUUUAUUUCCUUUAUUUUCCAGUUACUGGAAAAUUCCAAAUUUGGGAACUUUUAUACAAUUGUGAAAACACUGUAUUUUCGACUGAAAAAUUCCACUUUCUUCAUCUUUGUUUCUUUUUUUAAGCUAAAAAAAAUGAAGAGGGACUGUUAAAUACUAUGUAUGAUAUCAUGACUGAAGAAGAAUCUUUCCUGAAAUGUCUUUGUAAAAGUAUUAUUGAAUUCUUAAUUUGUAAUUUCUCUUGAAAAUGACCCUGCUCGAAUAAAAGUAGCCAAAUUACAGAGUACCAAA